GAACAAUGUUUUCAAACAACAAAGUGGUUCCAGACCAAAUGUGAAGAAGGUCUUGAUAGUAAUUACUGAUGGAGAAUCUAAUGAUCGGCAGAAUCUACGAGAUGCAACAAAGCGAGCAGAGAAUAAAAACAUUGUUCGAUUUGCUAUUGGGGUGGGGAACGCAUUUAGUGAGGAUGCAGCAAAACAAGAACUGGACACCAUUGCAUCAUCUCCCUCAGACAAACACGUAUUUAAGGUGGAGAACUUUGAUGCACUUAAAGUAAUAAGACAGAAUCUGCAGGACAAAAUUUUUUCCAUUGAAGGAUCUCAAAGCAGUGGAGAGUCACUGGAAAUGGAAAUGUCUCAAGAGGGAUUCAGUGCAGUUUAUGUGCCUGAGGGAAUUCAGAUGUCUAUUAUUGGUGCAAACCAGUGGAAGGGAGGCUACGUGCAAUACACAACAGGAGGCCAGAAGGUGAAAACAUAUGAAGAUGUGUCUUUGGAGCCUGACAGUUAUCUUGGUAAGAAUAUUGCAGCUUUAAGUAUCUAACAUCAUGCACAUGUGAUCACAUGUGCAUGAUGUUACGUCCCCACUUAAAAGCUAGGCGAUGAGGGUGGGGGACAGUAACAGUUAGAUCCAGGUGGAAUGAAAAGAACGCCAGGCAGAGGU